UGUUGUCUUUACAGGAUAAUCCCAAUUUCUGUGUCCAUCAUCAGCACUGAAGUGAAAGAAAACAGGAUGAAUGUGACCGAUUUAAUUCUAAUAGGACUUACACAGAAUCCUCAGAUGCAGAGAAUUCUAGUUGUUGUUCUGUUUAUCACCUACAUUGUCACUGUUACAGGAAACCUGCUCAUUGUGGUCACCAUAAUCUACAGUCAGACAUUGAAAUCCCCAGUGUAUUUCUUCCUGGUCUUCUUAUCUUUGAUAGAUGCCUGCUACUCCUCUUCCAUAAUCCCCAAAAUGCUAGCUGACUUGCUCUCUGAGACAAAAACCAUCUCCUUCAAUGGCUGCAUGACACAGAUCUUUACUGAACAUUUCUUAGGUGGUUCUGAGGUUGCCCUCCUUGUGGUCAUGGCCUAUGACCAUUAUGUGGCCAUCGGUAGACCUCUGCACUAUGUGACCAUCAUGAACCACCAUAUAUGCUGCCUUUUGGUGGGGGUGUCUUGGACAGUGGGUUUUUUCCACUCUAUUGGACAGAUUCUUGUCACUUUCUGGCUCCCAUUCUGUGGCCCCAACAUCAUGUAUCACUUCAUGUGUGACGUCUUUCCUCUGAUACAACUUGCCUGCACAGACACUUUCCUUGUUGGUCUCUCAGUUGCUACCAAUGUUGGGGUAAUCUGUGUAAUAUCCUUUGUAAUGUUGUCGAUAUCCUAUGUUGUCAUCCUAUAUUCCUUGAGGACUCAGAACUCUGCAGGGAGGAAAAAGGCCCUCUCUACCUGUGGUUCCCACAUCACUGUUGUUGUCUUGUUCUUUGUGCCCUGUAUUUUUAUGUAUAUGCGAACAGUAGCCACCUUCUCCGUGGAUAAAUCCAUAACUGUCUUGUAUACUCUUGUCACUCCCAUGUUAAAUCCCAUUAUCUACACAGUAAGGAAUGCAGAAGUAAAAAAUGCCAUCAAAAUAUUAUUGAAAAGAAAUGUAAUUUCAGAUAAUAAAUGACCCAGCAUGAAGAUUGUAUUUCUAUCAUAAUCUUUACAUUUUUGUUUUAUGUUACAUACAUAUAUGUGUAAAAAUGUAUAUGUUUGUGUGAGUAUAUAUAUAUAUAUGUAGCUCUUUCUCACAUGUAUCACUUAACUUCCAUAGAACCUUUGCGCAAGAAUGGCAUGGAGGUGGUGUCUGACCUCCUCUAUCUUCACAAGGAGGAAGAAGAAUCAAAAUUAGCAACCCAAGCCUGAUUCCUCAUGGAAGUCAGACAUGCCUCCUCUCUCUACCAUCUUUACUAAUUCUGACACCAGCUGCCCCUCCUAUGGCACUCUCUACUUCUCUGCUGAGUUCAAUAAUUAAUUGCAAAGGCCACACAGAAGUCACAGACAAUACUCACUAUUAUGGUGUUUAUUAGGGAAGUAACAGUUACAAUUCAGUCCCAAGAACAUUCAAUAUACAGUGCUUCCAUAAGAACAGCUGUGCUGAAAGGCACACCUCUCCCUGGUCUUAGACAUAUGCCCAAAGGCACUCAACUUUCUCCAUGAGCCUGGAAACCCACCGGGUGGUUGCCUGCUGCUGGAUGUCUCCUGCUGGGUCUUUUCUGCCACUGCUUCUCACCAUCUUCAGGGUUACAGCUCACUCUCUCUGUUGGUCUCCUGCUUCCAGGAGCUUCUCAGCACAGGGACCCCAGGUCCAAAGGGCAUGCUGGCUUCUGGCUGUUCUUCCCUGGCAGUGGUGGGAUCUUCUCUUUUCCCCCUCUGGAGUGGCUGAUUUCAAGCCCAGCAGGAUGACAAAACUGA